AUGGUGUCAAUUGAAUUGGCUACCGAAAUUAUGAACGGCUUUCUCCGAGAUAAAUAUCACGAGACCCACCAAAAUCUCGAACAGGCGCAUAUCAUUGAACUCCUCCGACUGUGUCUUAAGACUUAUUUCCCCUUCAACGGCCAGGUGUACGAGCAAACGGAAGAAUAUAUCAACAAUCAGUUGCCCUUCCUUGAUGUCCGAGUUACAAAACUGACAAACGAGAAGAUUAGGACAAACAACACGAGACGCAUCCUCCACAUCCGAAGCAACCACUCUGUUAGUCGCAAACGCAGUGGUGUCAAAAUCCUCUUCCGACGUGUUCGGACAAUAUUUUCCGGUUCCGGCAUGGUUCUUCCGUUUGAUUCUGUCAUACUUGGUAGCACAGAAAAUGCCUUCGUUAUGAGACUACUCCCAAUUUCGCCAAAAUUAAUGACCAUUACGCUUUAUAAUAUUAACUAA